CUUCAGCUUCAACCAAAAUCGCACCUUGACUACGCUCACUGCGACAUUGUUCAUCUUCUCAUUAUCUGGUAACAUCGCGCCAUCUUGCCACUCUUGCCUGGGCCACUUUUCGGUAGCUCAAAACUACAACUCUUGACGCCAUCUUCAGCCUUGUGCCUUGCCAACGAUAACAUCAAGGAUGGCUGCACAUGAUGUGGAAGACUUUUGGGAAUCUAUGGACCGUGCGAUACAUACCUUAGAGGUGCAUCAAACCAACAAACUCCGUCGAACGUCUGUUAGAACAUUCAUGGGGUUACCCGGCGAGGUUGAGCGUCCCUCUUCAGACGUUCCUUGGUCUGCCUAUCGACCUUCCACUGAGUUCAACUUCACAUGAGCUAAAACCGGCGCGUUAGACGAUCAUAAUGCACUGAGUUCCAGUCCUGGCUAUCAGCAAUCUUCAAUGUCGGAUUUCAAUUCCUCAGCAACUUUUGUGACCGCGAGCAGUCUUGCCACCUUUACCAGUGCAAGAUCAACGUAUAGUGGCCCAGCCAUGAGGAUUGAAACCAUUCGCGAGGAUGAGCCACCUGAACCCGGACUCUCGGCACCACUCAGAGAGCUAUAUGGAGACUAUUACUCUACCCUUCAUAAGAGGGAGAUCAUCCAGCCAUUUGAUAAGGAACUCAACUGGUCCGGCAAGGGCCAGCACGUUACGUUUUCGGCCACAGAUGUGAUUCCACUGUCACACAUGUCGCAUCUAGGGUCAUCCAUGUCCGCGAGUGUCGAUAAAGUACUCUGUCGUCGGGUAGCUCUUGCACGAAAAACCAUGAGAUGCAACUCAAGAUGGACUGUGGCUGAUGCUCUACAAGAAGUCUCUCAUUUACAGAAACUCCGCCAUUUUCAUAUCGUUCAGCUUGUGGGAACCUAUCUUCAAGGUCGUAGCUUUUCGAUCUUGAUGUACCCAGCCGCGGACACGCACCUUGGAAGAUUCCUGGAAGAUACACAGGACAUGGAUCUGAGAACUUCUAUGAGACGCAGAAGUUUCCUCACUUCAACGCUGGGCUGCCUCACUUCAGCUGUGGCUUUCAUCCAUAAGCAUACUACAAAACAUAUGGACAUAAAGCCCCAGAACAUACUUGUACGAGAGGAAAGUUCGUCUGGCCCUUGGUCCAUAUGGCGUGUUUACGUUGCCGACUUCGGGUACUCGCGUUCAUUCGCUUCAGAAGACCAUAGUCAAACUGAUGGUCCUACCCCACUAACGCCUAGAUACUGUGCACCUGAGGUGUGUAACUACGAACGAAGAGGUCGAUCUGCAGACAUAUUCUCACUUGGCUGCGUUUUUCUCGAGAUCCUAAGCACUAUAUGUUGCAGAGAUCUGGAAGCCUUGAGGCGUAGGCGCUGGGCUGGCGGUAGCGAUGACUGGGCCCGCCGAUACUUUUGUAGGCCAUCGGGUGGGCUGAAGGGUAGCGGGUACGAGGUUGCUGAUGAUGACGUGCUCAAGGUAGUCACCGAAUUGGUUAUCAGCAUGGUCGCCCAAGAACCUGAGAAGAGGCCUACCGCAGCGGAAAUCCUCAACUGUCUCAAAAGCGAGCAGGCCAGCGCCUCAAAUCUUGCUGAGGUCAUCUCCGAAGACAACGUCCUAUUCAGGAGCAGGCCUCUAGCUUUUUCACUAAUGUCCUGCUGCGAUAAUCCCCAAGAGCCCUAUGAAGCAUACCAACCCCCCUCCAGCAAUACGCCUGGGGGUUUCAUGCAUACAUCAUUUAGAUAGUGCCACAAUGCAGAAGGAUGAUACAAAGCUGAAGUCAUAACGUCUUGAAUUCCGUAUAAAAAUG